CAGCCGCUCGGCUGGGCUCCCCGCUGCCCCGGUGCCGGUGCCGGUGGCGGUGCCGGUGGCGGUCGGUGCCGCCCGCGCGGUGCGGGAUGGGGCGAUGGCGCGCGCGGGCGGCGCGGCCCCGCGGGAGCUGUCCCUGGAGGAGGUGCUGAAGUGCUACGAGCAGCCGCUGAACGAGGAGCAGGCCUGGGCGCUCUGCUUCCAGGGCUGCCGCGCCGCCGCCGCCGGGCCCGCGCCCCCCGCCGCCCCCCGCCGCCCCGCCGACAUCCGCCUGCGGCCCGACGGCUCCGUCCUGCUGCCCGCCCCGCCCGGACCGCCCGAGCUGCCCCCGCUGCUGACGCCCUCCGCCGAAGCCCAGAUGGUGCAGUCGUUGGGCUUUGCCAUCUACCGGGCGCUGGACUGGGGGCUGGAUGAGAACGAGGAGCGGGAGCUGAGCCCACGCCUGGAGCAGCUCAUCGACCUGAUGACCAACAGUGACUCAGAGGACAGUGGCUGCGGCACAGCCGAUGAGGGCUACGGGGGGCAGGAGGAGGAGGAGGAGGGGGGCGAGGGGCCGCUGCGCGCCGUCCGCACCUUCGGGCAGGCCAUGCGCUGCUGUGCCGCCCGCCUGGCCGACCCGGCCGAGGCCCAGGCACAUUACCAGGCCGUCUGCCGGGCGCUCUUUGCCGAGACCGUGGAGCUCAAAGCCUUCCUCGCCAAGAUCCGGGAUGCCAAGGAGAUGCUGCAGAAGCUGAAGGAGGAUGAGGAGGCAGAGGAACGGCCAGCAGCAGAGCUGGGCAACCUGCGCAACACUGACUGGGCCCGGCUGUGGGUGCAGCUGAUGCGGGAGCUGCGGCAUGGCGUGAAGCUGAAGAAGGUGCAGGAGAAGCAGUUUGACCCCCUGCCCACCGAGUACCAGCUCACCCCCUUCGAGAUGCUGAUGCAGGACAUCCGUGCCCGCAACUACAAACUGCGCAAGGUCAUGGUGGACGGGGACAUCCCACCUCGGGUGAAGAAGGAUGCCCAUGAGCUCAUCCUCGACUUCAUCCGGUCCCGGCCCCCCCUAAAGCAGGCAUCAGAGCGGCGGCUGCGGCCCCUGCCCCAGAAACAGAGGACGCUCCACGAAAAGAUCCUGGAGGAGAUCAGGCAGGAGAGGAAGCUUCGGCCCGUGGAAACACAGUACCGUGGCCAGAAAGGCUACAGCUCCCUGCCCUGCAUCCCCCACGCCUGCGCCCACCGCCUGACCUCCAGCUCCUGCCUCGAGCUCUCCCGGUGCCCGGCCAGCGCCGCGCCGGCACGACCGCGGCCCCGUGUCCUGCUCAAGGCGCCCACCCUGGCCGAGAUGGAGGAGAUGAACAUCUCUGAGGAGGAGGACUCUCCGGGCACGGAGGUGCCGCUGAAGCGGGACCGGUCCUUCUCGGAGCAGGACCUGGCGCAGCUGCAGAGCCAGCUGGAGGGGGCUCAGGCUGCGCCCCGGGAGCCGGAGCCGCUGCAGCCCGAGCCCCGGCCCCGCUCAGGUACUCACGGGGGUCCGCAGCCCCCCGGCGUCCCCAGCCCCCCUGUGGCAGGGGUGGCACCGGGCAGCGUGGCCGUGCCACGGGUUCCCCGUCCCCUCCCCGCAGGCUCUGUCCCCGCCAGCUGCCACCCGGUGCGGGACAGCUCCGCCCCGCCCCGCGCUGCCCUCGGCGCCGUGGAGGAGAGACCGGAGGAAGGAUCCGGCGCUGCCCCCAGCACCAGCUCCAAGCACCUCUGGCUGGAGUUCAGCCAUCCCGUGGAGAGCCUGGCCCUCACCGUGGAGGAGAUGAUGAAUGUGCGGAGGGUGCUGGUCAAGGCGGAGAUGGAGAAGUUCCUGCAGAGCAAGGAGCUGUACAGCAGCCUGCGGAGGGGCAAGGUCUGCUGCUGCUGCAGGGCCAAGUUCCCCCUCUUCUCCUGGCCCACUGCCUGCCUCCUCUGCAAGCGGUCUGUCUGCAGCUCCUGCAGCCUGAAGAUGAAGAUGCCUUCCAAGAAGCUGGGUCACAUCCCUGUCUAUGCCCUGGGCUUCGAGAGCCUCCCAGGCUCACUGCUGGCCAAAGCCCUUCCACUGCGGCGGAGAGAGACCUUCCACUCGCUCUCUGGCACGUGCUGGCGGCGGGUGGAAGAGGAGUUCCCCCACAUCUACGCCCAGGGCUCGGUCCUGCGCGACGUCUGCAGCGACUGCGCCGGCUUCGUGACGGACGUGGUGUGUUCCAGCCGCCGCAGCGUGGCCGCCCUCAACACCGCCCCGCGCCGCGCCAAGGCCCGCUCCCUCUAUGGCGAUUCCUGGCACAACUGAAGGGCCCCGGCGCGGGGGUCCCGGCCGCCCUGGAUGUACAUAUAUACAUAGGAUGUAUACAUACAGCCUCUAUAUUUAUAUACCUUACGGACCAGGGGGAGGUGAAGGUCGGUGGCAUGGUGGGGCACCCACUGUCCCCUCCCGGUGCUGGCACGGCUCCGGGAGGGCUGAUCCUGCCACCAGGUUUUGCCCCCUCCUGGCCCCGCUUCCGUGCCAAGCCCUGGCUGUGCCGGGCAGGUGCCGGCCAUGCCGGGGCACCCAGCGCCGCGGGCUGGCACGGCUGCUCUGUACGUCCCU